GCAAAAAACUAUAUUGAAAUGGAAAACGUAACAUUAAAAAAUAAAUCUGGAAGGGUUUUUUAUAAAAGUCGCAGUCUACUGAAUGUGGACUUAUUGCUUUCCAAGGUAUCAACCCGUGCUGUUGGUCUACGUGUUAUUAUUACCUUUAUUGGUCAGUGUUCUACUAAUCUACUGGAUAAAAAAUGCAUUGUUUGGACUUCUCUAAUACUAAAAGCUUGUAACAAAAAAGAAAUAUUUCUAUACGGUGAUAUGAUUUAUAAUGCAUUGGCACUACUCGUAAAUCAAAUGCAGGUAGUUCCAGAGCGGUCGAAAACCUUUGCCAGUGUUCAUAUCUUAAAGCUACUUCAGAGCUUUAGUCUUAUAGAAAAAAAUGGAAACAAUCGAAGCAUUGUCCCUGCUCUGAAAGCAUUAAAACAAUGCUUAAAGCAAUACCCAGCCACCAGUAAAACACACAGAACUCUCGUCGCGUGCUUCCUUAAAUCAUUGUUGGACAACAAUGAUAUCAAUGUUAUUUAUGAAAGUGGGUUGUGCUGGGCUUUGCUUCAUCAUCAGCGCGGAGGUAGAACUGGAAAAAUACUUUGGCAGCAAUAUCAUUUUGGCCUGCUGGACAGUCUCCAUAACCUUUUAGACCAAGCGUUUCCAAAAUAUAGCGAUUUCUACAAAGGUCAAACUACAAACGAAUAUUUCGAUUAUUUUGCGUUGAAAGUGGAGGCAGAUCCUAUUCGGGGUACUACUCAGAUGUGCCGCCGCUUUAGUAAUCUAACAGAGUUUCUUAAGAUUUCAUUGAGUGAACCUUUUUCAUCAAAAAAACAAAUAUAUCCAAGAAAAAUUCUUAGCAUAGUCGAACGUGGCCUGGGACUCACGAGCAUCACUCUUAAAGCCAAUCUAAACACUGAAAACUUAUUUUUGGAAGCUGUUUUGCCACACAUGUGUAUUAAAGUUCUGGAGUUAUUAGAAAUUUUUAUGAAAAUUAGCCACACGCACAUCCGAAUGCAUUUUCGUUUAAUAUUAUUUCAUCUUUUGGAAUUGCUUAAAUGGACCAGAUCUCCGUUAUCAGGAAAUCAAAAAUUAAUUGUGGCUUUACGUUCUAAAACUUACAUAGUGAUAUCGUUAUGGUGUUCUAUUUUACAAGAUGGCAGCCAUUGUGAUAUCCUCUCUGAGCAUCUAUUACAAGAGAUAUACGAUGAUAUUGUUCCUCGUGAAAUUCAUAUUUCUUUAUCUGCUUCAACAAAAGGGGGAAAUAAAAAUCAAAAUAAAUGUACUCAAAAUAACAGUAUUUUAUGUGAACAAGCUCUACGAUGCCUGCAAAAUUUUUUUGUUGCGGCGAGGCAUACAAUAAAUCAUUCAAUUAUAAAGAAUGUUCACAGUAAAAUAUUAACGAUUUGCGUUCAAAUGUAUGGACUGAAAGACGAUCAUCUUUAUAACAACUGGCGUUGUCGGCUGGAAAUAUACAACAUGGUAUAUGUAUUAAUGAUGCAUUUUAACCAACACUGUACUCCAACAAAUGAAGUGGCUUUACAUGUUUUUGCAACAGCAUGGGUAAACGACAAAAAUAUUCAUAUUAGAAAUAUUUGUCAAAGUAUUACCCAAACACUGGAUAAAAGAUUGCAUCCUGAUAAAGAUUGCUUCACUUUCCCAAAAGGUCACAAAGAUUUUGAAAUAUAUAAUGACUUAAAUUCAAACAUUAACAAUUCAACCAUAUCUGAAGUCAAAAUCAAUCCUGGGAAUACUGGUAAAAAUAUUGAAAUCAUAGAAUAUACAAAUUAUAUCGAAACAAAUACGAGAGGACAAAUAGAACACUUAGACAAUCACAAUGAAAAUAGUAAUAAUAUCAAGCAAACUUCUGAAGUGAGUGAUAUUCAACAUAUUUCAAAAGAUAUUUUAUCGCCUCGUAAGAACACAAGUCUGAAAGAACUAGACCAGAUUAUAAAUCCUGAUCAUCAGUCGAAAUGCAUGGUCAGAAGUAAAUUUGCUGAUAGAGAUGAAUCUGGAUCAAUAUUCACGGAGCAAAGGAUAUGUAAUAAUGACAUCGACUUUAUUGGUCAAUUGGAAGCAGCUUUUAAUGAUCAACUCAAAUAAAUGGCAUGUUGCAGUUUUAAUUCAUUAAUAUUCGGCUUCAGAAAUAAAACAAUAGUUCUUAAUACUGUGCUGGGUUAUAACCACCCAUCUAAAUUCACAAAAUCU